AUGGCAGCCACCAUUUUCGCACCAGCAGCGUCCACAAACCUUCACCACCACGCCUUCGUCGUCGGAGAAGGAGGAGCAGCCGCGCCUGGUUGUUAUGGUGGUGGUGGUGGUGGUGGUGGUGGUUGUGAUGGUGGUGGCGGUCGUCGUCAGCAUGGUUGUCAAAUUUGUAGUGUUGGUAGUCGUGGUGGUGGUGGUGGUGGUUAUGGUGGGAUUCCUGACAAUGGUGUUGGUGGUGGUGGUGGUGGUGGUGGAUGUGAUGGUGGUCGUGAUAGUGGUUUCGAUGCUCAUGGUGGUAGUCGCGGUGGUGGUGGCAGUGGUAGUGGUGGUGAUGGCCCUGUUGGUUACCAUGGUGGUGGCCGUGGUAGUGGUAGUGAUGAUGGUUGUGGUGGUGGUGGUGGUUAG